AUGGCGGCUUCGGUACAACCUGCAUGCUUGGACCUCCAUUUCUCCGGGAAGCAUCCUUCUAUGCUUAAACACAAGGCACUUUUCGUCCGUUGCGUUUCUUCCCCAUCAAAUUUUCCCCAACCUGACUCGCCUGAUAUCAAUAUCAGUCGGGACCAGCGUAAAGUGGUUCGUAUCGCUUGGGAGAAGCUGGUUCGAUGGUCACGUUCGUGGCGCGCCAAAGCUAAAACCGAUGUUCUUGAGCGUACUCGCAAGGUUGUUGUUCUUGGUGGAGGUUCGUUUGGUACUGCAAUGGCUGCUCAUGUAGCUACAAGGAAAGAAGGAUUAGAGGUUAAUAUGCUUGUUCGUGAUUCUUUUGUUUGCCAAUCUAUCAACGAGAAUCACCAUAAUUGUAAGUAUUUUCCUGAGCAUAAGCUACCUGAGAAUGUGAUUGCUACGACUGAUGCGAAAUCUGCAUUGCUUGAUGCUGAUUAUUGCCUACAUGCAGUACCUGUACAGUUCAGCUCAUCGUUUCUAGAGGGAAUUUCCGGUUAUGUUGAUCCAGGAUUGCCUUUUAUAUCACUUAGUAAAGGUCUGGAGCUUAAUACUCUUAGGAUGAUGUCUCAGAUAAUCCCCAUUGCGCUUAAGAAUCCUCGGCAACCUUUUGUUGCGCUUUCUGGCCCGUCGUUUGCUCUGGAGUUGAUGAACAAUUUACCCACUGCAAUGGUUGUUGCCUCGAAAGAUAAGAAAUUGGCCAAUGCUGUUCAGCAGCUUCUUUCUUCUAGUUACUUGAGAAUAAAUACUUCCAGUGAUGUUACAGGCGUGGAAAUUGCGGGUGCACUGAAGAAUGUUCUAGCAAUAGCCGCAGGAAUUGUUGAUGGGAUGCAACUCGGUAACAACUCUAUGGCAGCUCUUGUAUCACAAGGUUGUUCAGAGAUAAGAUGGUUAGCCACAAAGAUGGGUGCAAAGCCAACAACCAUAACUGGCUUAUCAGGAACUGGUGACAUAAUGCUCACAUGCUUCGUGAAUCUUUCAAGAAACCGAACAGUUGGAGUCAGAUUAGGGUCAGGGGAGACACUAGAUGACAUACUAAGCUCCAUGAAUCAGGUUGCAGAAGGUGUAGCAACCGCCGGGGCAGUUAUAGCAUUAGCACAGAAAUACAAUGUGAAGUUGCCGGUUUUAACAGCAGUAGCUAAGAUAAUAGAUAACGAGCUGACCCCAACUAAAGCUGUUCUUGAGCUCAUGAACCUUCCUCAGGUUGAUUCCAAGUUGAGGAAGUAUGAGAGCGAACAGUCAGUUUUGGAUCACAUAUUCAUCGAGAGGGCUUUAAGGCGGCGAAAGCUUUGCAUUCGUUUAGAGGAUAGCUAA